CAAUGAGUGAGUGAAGUUGAAGCACUAGUUGGAAAGAUGGCUAAUGCUGCAACUAGAAGCUGCCAUGGCUACUACUCCUUCCAUUAUUCUCCACCACCACCACCACCACCACCGUCAAACCUCUCGCUUCCAUGGUCGUCGAUCAGCUCUCGUCGUCCCUCCCCUAACUAUGCAUUUCGGACUCACAAACUUUCUCUCUCAUCGACUACCACCAAAACCCUCCUCUCCUCCUCCUCCUCCUCUCUCACCCCUCCUUCUGCCUUGCCUUUCGACCUCUCUCCUCCUCCCAUCGAUCACGACCUCCUCGACACUGUGACGGUUGUGGGGGCAAAAAUAUCGGAAGAUGGGAUAAUUGAAACAUUUGACAAUGAUGAUGAGGCAUUGGAUGCGGUUGAAAAUGGUGUUGCGGUUGUGGACCUUUCACAUUUUGGCCGGAUAAGAGUCAGUGGAGAAGAUCGCAUUCAUUUCCUCCACAACCAAAGUACAGCAAAUUUUGAAAGUCUUCAUGAAGGACAGGGAUGUGACACAGUUUUUGUGACACCUACAGCUCGUACAAUAGAUAUUGCCCAUGCAUGGAUUAUGAGAAAUUCUGUUAUGUUGGUGGUCUCACCGGUGUCCAGUGGAAGCAUAAUUGAAAUGCUUGAGAAGUACAUAUUUUUUGCUGACAAAGUAGAAAUUCAGGACAUCACUAAGCAAACAUGCUUGUUUGUACUGGUGGGGCCCAAAAGCAACCAAGUAAUGGUGGGUUUAAAUCUUGGUGACCUUGUUGGACAACCACACGGAUCACAUAAGCAUUAUACUGUGAAUGGGAUGCCAAUAACUGUAGCAGUGGGAAAUAUUAUAUCUGAAAAAGGGUUUUCACUGUUGAUGUCCCCUGCUGCUGCCGGAUCUGUCUGGAAAACUCUUCUAAGUCGAGGUGCAAUUCCGAUGGGUUCUAAAGCAUGGGAAACAUUCAGGGUUUUUCAAGGAAGGCCAGCUCCUGGUAAAGAGCUCACUAAUGAAUAUAAUGUUCUGGAGGCUGGUUUGUGGAAUGCCAUUUCUCUGAACAAAGGUUGUUAUAAGGGACAAGAAACCAUUUCUAGACUCGUAACAUAUGAUGGCAUCAAGCAGAGGUUGUGGGGAAUUCGUUUAUCAUCACCAGUGGAACCAGGCAGUCCCAUCACUGUGGACACAAAAAAGGUUGGGAAUCUGACAAGUUAUGCAGCUGGAAGGAACAAAUCUGAGCACUUUGGUUUGGGUUAUAUCAAAAGGCGAGCUGCUUCUGAAGGUGAUACUGUGAUUGUGGGAGACAACAUUGUUGGGACAGUGGUGGAAGUUCCUUAUCUUGCUCGUCAGUGUCCACCAUCAAAGAGCUCGACAUCUUGACUUGGAAAUUCUUGUGGAUCAGUUUGAGCAGCAUAAAAGCUCUUAGCAGAAAAUAUGGGUCCACUGCUUGAUGUUCCUCUGUGCUUCAAACAGUUAUUGAAGUUCCAGCACAAGUAAGGAUUUCAAGUGCUGUUAAGCUUGUCUUUGAUGGAUUGAGCAUGGGUUUAUUUAAUUUUUUUCUCUUAUAGCAUAUUAUUAAUGGUCUCAUAAUAUUUUAAAAAAUAUGCGUUUAUUCAA